UCAUUACUUAUCGGAUGUCUUACCAUUGAAAAACCCCGAUGAUGUAAUCUAGAGGCCUUAUAAAUUUCUCUCUGAGAAAGAAACAGUUUGAAAAUGGAACCGUACAAAUGGAUGUCUGUCGUUAUUGUUUUAUUUUUGUGUAAAAACACCGAGUCUUCUAUAUCUGACGUCUUUCGAGACAAUACAGUUCCUACUAACAUAAUGGAGUUCGAAAGAAAAGUUACGAAACUGAUGAAUUCAGUAUUGGAACAAAUUUUUCCUCUAGCAGUUCGAAUUGUAUCCGAAUCUAACGUUUCUCAACCCUGUACUAUAAGCCUUCUGCAUUUUUUUACGAAUUUGAAAACGUUGAAAGAAUGGGCCGUAAACAUGUUGGAUGCAAGCGCUAAACCUCCUGCUAGCAUUCUUCAAGGUACCCUAACGGUUUUCGGUGGUUACGACGAAUGCCUCGAUAUUAAUGUUAAGAACAAGAAAGAAAAAACAAUCCUAAGAGGUCAAUAUUGUAUGGUAGAACUAAAACCUCCCGAUUUUUUCUUUUCGGAACUGAAACAGUUAAAUUCCACGGGCCUCAAAACAUCACUGUGGAAAAGUUUACAAAGAUACGCAGACGUGGGAAACGAAUUUGCAUUCCGUCUAGGACUGUGUGUUCCCGACAAAUGUUCGGCUCGUGACAUAAAACAAGUGGUAUAUUUGGCAACCAGAAGUUUUGGUAUAACUUCUAACGCUAAGUGCCAUACAAAGAUGGUGGUAAGACCAAACGUGGCUCAGAUCUUGUUUAUAUCUUUUUUUGGAUGCUUAGGUUUACUGGUUAUACUGGGUACAGUACUCGAUAUCAUUAUACAACAUACAGCAUUGAUAGGCCAACACGGCGGACUGAUUACGUUACUGAUGACGUUUUCUGUAUACACCAACACUAUUCAUUUGUUUCGCACUUCGCAAAGAAUUCGCUCGCUAGCGGCCGUUCGUGGAUGUCGAGUUCUGUCAGCCUUCUGGAUUGUAUUAGGACACACGUACUUCUUCCCACAUAUUUUAUAUUUUUCUAAAUAUCGUAGGUUGACUGGUCUAACUGAAUUUGUCGACGAAUUAAUGUUUAAAACAAUUACAAAUGGAACUGUUGCUUUAGAUACUUUCUUUCUCAUGUCAGGUAUGCUUCUUGUACAUACAACGUGGAAUAAAUUACAAGAAAAUAAAGGAAUACUAAAUCCUGUUUUAUUCUUUUUUUCUAGAAUGUUGAGGUAA